CGCACUCAUACUCUGCGGGCUGUUGUUCUCUUUACACUGAAGAUGACGGGCGCUUGCACUGCUAACCUCUCCCGGUUCCGUUCACUAGGCUGGGUUAGCUCCGGUUAACCCGGUUUAGCUGAGAUUAACCCGGGUUAGCGCUGACUUUCAGCGGAGGAGGACGGGUUAGCUAACUUUAGACGCUUAGCUCUGUUAGCAUGUCAGCUCAUAGGCUGGCUUUACCAAAAUAACGGUUAGCUUGAGAGCUAGCUUUGAUAUCUUAUAGAUACCAUUGUAUUUAUGUUCUUAACAGUAUAUUACUUCGGGGAUGUCUCAUACCACAGAGCUAACAGCAAGUCACAGCUAGUGUUGACCGGAGCUAACAUUAGCUGUUAGCCGGAGCUAGCGGGAGUCUUUGUUUGGAGCCUUGUUGUGAUGCAAGAGCAUUGUUAGCGUAGUUAGCCGGGCGACUAGAGUAGACGCAGAACAGUUCGUCGAUGCUAAGGUAAUACAGGACAUUCAUUGUGUUUUCUGAGCAUCGAGGUUGACAUGAAGUCAGUGACCUUCGUCGUCUAAGGGCUAUAAUGGCCCUCAGUCCAGGCUGCAGGCACAGCCUUUCAGUGGUCUACCUGGUCUUGCUGUCAGGAUGCAUUGCUGCGUCUCAGAGGAACGACAACGUCUAUGCGUCGGGUAUUUCUAACGCCUGUGGAGACGUGGCGGAGCUCCUGCGAGGGUCCAGUGGCGUCAUCACCAGUCCCGGUUGGCCUUUUCAGUACCCGACCAGACUCAACUGCAGCUGGAACAUCAGAGCGCGACUCGGAGACACCGUCACCCUCAGUUUCCAAGACUUUGACCUGCAGGGUUCCCACCGUUGCUCUGCGGACUGGAUGUCCAUCAGCAACUACAAGAGCCUGGACGGGCUCCGGGUUUGUGGUUCCUCCCUGCCGCCCCCUUACAUCUCCUCCCAGGACCACGUCUGGAUCCACUUCCACUCUGACGACAGUCUGACAGGGAAAGGCUUCCGACUGUCCUACAUUACUGGUAAACCAGAGGCCUCCAGCUGUGAUGUGGACCAGUUCCACUGCUCAAAUGGGAAGUGUGUCCCAGACUGGUGGCGCUGUAACUCUAUGGACGAGUGUGGAGACAAUUCUGAUGAGGAUCUGUGUGUGGAGUCUCCGUUUUCCUUCCAGCCCUGCAGUCUGAACCAGUUCCCCUGCCUUUCCCGGUACACCCGGAUCUACACCUGUCUGCCCCACAGCCUGAGGUGUGACGGCAGCAUUGACUGCCAGGACCUCGGAGAUGAAAUUGACUGCGACGUUCCUACUUGUGGAGAACUGUUAAGGAACUUCUACGGCUCCUUCAGCUCUCCAAACUACCCUGACUUUUAUCCUCCUGGAAGUAACUGCACCUGGCUGAUUGACACGGGAGACCACAGGAAGGUCAUCCUGAGGUUUACUGACUUUAAACUUGAUGGGACGGGUUACGGGGACUACGUGAAGGUCUAUGACGGCUUGGAGGAGAACCCUCGCCGUCUCCUCCGGGUGCUGACCGCCUUCGACUCCAGAGCGCCUGUCGCUGUGGUGGCAUCGUCCGGUCAACUCCGAAUUCACUUCUAUGCUGACAAGAUCAAUGCAGCCAGAGGGUUCAAUGUCACCUACCAGGUGGACGGGUUCUGCCUACCGUGGGAGGUUCCGUGUGGGGGUAACUGGGGCUGUUACACCGAGCCGCAGCGAUGUGAUGGGUUCUGGCAUUGUCCCAAUGGUCGCGAUGAGCAGAACUGUUCUGUCUGUCAAGAGGAUGAGUUCCCCUGUUCUAGGAACGGAGCCUGUUACCCUCGAUCGGACCGCUGCAACUAUCAGAACCGCUGCCCCAACGGCUCUGACGAGAAGAACUGCUUCUUCUCCCAACCCAGUAACUUCCACCUGCAGAAUAACCGCUGCGUCUUUGAGUCGUGGGUGUGCGAUGCUCAGGACGAUUGUGGCGAUGGCAGUGAUGAGGAGAGUUGUCCCGUCAUUGUUCCGACCAGAGUCAUCACCGCCGCCGUCAUCGGCAGUCUCAUCUGUGGGCUUCUGUUGGUCAUCGCCCUCGGCUGCACCUGCAAACUGUACUCGCUUCGCAUGUUUGAGCGCAGGUCAUUUGAGACCCAGCUGUCCAGAGUGGAAGCAGAGCUGCUGCGGAGGGAAGCCCCGCCCUCUUAUGGUCAACUGAUCGCCCAGGGACUGAUCCCUCCUGUGGAAGAUUUCCCAGUGUGCUCUGGGAGCCAGGCCUCCGUCCUGGAGAACCUCCGUCUGGCUGUCCGCUCUCAGCUUGGCUUCACCUCUCUGAGACUCCCCUCCUCUGGUCGUCAUAGCAACCUGUGGCGUCGUCUCUUCAACUUCUCACGGUCUCGACGGUCAGGUUCUCUGGCUCUGGUGUCUGCUGACCUGGAGGACAGCGCCGGCACGGGGAGUUUAAGUUCAGACCUGCUGUCUCCGGACUCGGACGACACAGACAACGAGGGCGAGCGAGGCAGGGCGCGAGGCUUCGGCGCAGUGGGCGGGCCUGUCGCCCCCAUUCCCCAAAAAAUCCCACCCUCCACAGCCGUGGAGGCUGUGGUAUUUGUGACUACCUCUGUAACCCCGACACCGACCUGUGGGCGAGGACGUGACAGCCACAGAGAAAUUACCCCCCCCUCCAUUCCCGUCCCCGUAUUAACUCCCAGCGCUGAUCCUGAUUGUCACAGCAACGCCUCAGAGCUCCAGGCUCCGCCCACCUCUGCCCUGCAGCGACUGGCUCAGAACUUGCACCGCUUCGCCAGAAACUUGACCAGAACCAGCCUCAACCGGCGUGACCAGACCUGGACCAAUCACAGUCCACUUCACCAGCUGGAGACUGGGACAAGUGGGGUCGAGGUCGCAGAGCAGCGAGAAAACCGAGGAGAAGAAGAAGAAGAAGACGUGGAGCUCCUGAUUCCCGUCUCGGACUCUGAAUCCUCCUCCUCCCUGGUCAGUGACAUCCGACAGCCUCUGCUAGAAUCAUACCCCUCCUCUACCACAGGCCACGCCCCCCACCAUCACCGCGCAAACCGCUCUCGAGGAGGCCGGGACGGCCCCUGUGAACACUGUGGGAUGGUACACACGGCUCAAAUCCCCGACGCCUGUCUGGAAGCCACAGGAAAGACCGAGAGCAGCGACGACGAGCUACUGCUGCUGUGCUAACAAGCUGGCUGUCAGGCUAAUACUGCAUACGCUACCCUGAUCCUACACCUACAGUUGGCUAACAUGCUAACUGAUGGGCUGAUGGCCUUUUCACAAAAAGAAAAUGCUGAAUCUUCAGAUUUUUCCAAUAUUGUAAGGUUCGUUGCGUUCAUAUACAUUUGGUAUAUUCCACUGAAAUUCAGGGUGCAAGUAUCUCUAGAAACGUAACAAAGUUAUGUCAUUUCCUUUUGAAGCAUGUUAUUGUCACUAGUGUAUCAUUUAGAAUCUAGACUGAAUCACGUGUUUAUUAUGGAAUUCAUGUUCAGUUAAUAAUAGUCGGCUUAUGAUUUAUCUCCAUGGAUUUGGAGGCAGAAGGAAAACAUUGCACUGCAAAAUACUAAAGAUUUGGCUCUGAUGUGGAUAUGCUCCUAAAUACUAAUACUGUCCAAUACCUAUUCGCUUCACGAGCUUUCUCCCACUUGGACGAAAAGCUAGUAGCAUACUGAUGCUUUACGUAGCUAACACUUUGCCUGGGCUACAACUACACCUGUUAGUAAUGGUGGCUGUAUUCCACGUUCGCUCUGUCAGAUGUCAGAGAUGAUUGGACCAAUCACAGACCGAGAGGAGAGAUGUCACUGAUUGGUCCUUAUAUCGAUAGUGAUGAAAACCCAACACUUCUUCAUUCUCCUUGUCGCUGCAGGCGCACUUCCUGCUCAUUGGUACGGCUGUAAAUUGAUAGGGUUGAUAAUUGACAGAUUAAGUUGACCUGUUGGGACUGAAACCGCUGCAAUAGUUUAGAUGGUUAUGGUGAGGGGGAAGGUUAGGGUUCAGGGUUUCACCAGGGUACAGUAGCGUGUACAGUUCUCUAAAGGCGACGUCUUGGAUCGUUCUGGAAAGUCACUGUUCUGGUUCAAGAGUUGAUCCGACAUUGUUUGAGUUUGAGAACUGUUGAGAACAAACCGGACCAGUCCUUCAGAACCACUGCUGAGUGAUCAAGACCAGAUCAGCACAACCAGAUGUAUGAAGUGUCAUCAAAGUCCUGAAUAUUUAAGUCAGAUUUUAUGAUAGUCCCUUCGUCCUAUUGCUCCUCCCCAUGUUGCACUUCCCCUAACGCUGGGACUCCAGCCCUUCAAACUGACCUGUCUGUAUUUAUGAUCUCUGUUACAGUUUUUGGUACUCGGAUCAGCUGACCUUGUGUGAGUGUGUAUAUUUAUUAUUAGUGAUAUGAUGGUUAUUGUGUUAAAGGAGAACUUCACUCCUCAAUGAGCAUCAUCACUAUGAAUUCCCUUCCUCCACCUGUGUUGGUCGGGUUCUAGUGAUGCACUGACAAGUCACAUGGAAAAACUCCUUAAUGAACUGUGUUCCGUCAGAGCAAAGCAAGACGUGAUCAGAUAUUUCAAAUUGACAAUGAAACAAGUGGUGCUGUAUUAUGAAGAUGCUACUGUACACCAUUAACAAACACCAAAUAGUUAUUUUCUCUUCUCACAAAAUUGCAACAAAUACAAAAGGAAGGUAAUAUCACUUUAAUAUUGGAAUAUAUUUAACAGGUAAUUCAUACUUGUUACCCUCCCUCAGCUGUUUGACUGAGAGAACAAGAGCCACUGAAGGUAACGCAGACAAUUCUAUAUAUAUAUAUAUAUAUAUAGACUGUGUAUAUUUAUACAUAUCAUGGUCAUUGUAGGUGUGAAGUUUUACCUUUCCUUUUUGUUGAGCUGAUUUUCUGACCUGCAUGAUUCAAGUUGUCGUGUGUUUCUUUGUGUCUGUGAAGCUGGAAACUGUUUAACUGCACUUAAGAUUAAAGGUUAAAAAUUCA